AUGGAUCCCUUCGCGCGUCUCCCCGACGAGCUGCUGCUCGCGAUCCUCUCGCGCGUGGGCAGUGCGGCGCGUGACGUCACCCGGGCCGCGAUGACGUGUCGGCGGUGGAAUGAAGUGACGCGGAACGUGCCUGCGCUGUGCCUGGGACCGAGUGGCGGAGGCGCGGCUGCGCCGUUCUUGACGUUUGAGGAAGCCCCAUUCCCAUCGGACCUUCCGCUCCCCCAAGCGCCGGACCUUCCGCUCCCCCAAGCGCCGGACCUUCCGCUCCCCCAAGCGCCGGACCUUCCGCUCCCCCAAGCGCCGGACCUUCCGCUUCCUCAAGCGCCGGACCUUCCGCUCCCCCAAGCGCCGGACCUUCCGCUCCCCCAAGCGCCGGACCUUCCGCUCCCCCAAGCGCCGGACCUUCCGCUCCCCCAAGCGCCGGACCUUCCGCUCCACCAAGCGCCGGACCUUCCGUUCCCCCAAGCGCCGGACCUUCCGCUCCACCAAGCGCCGGACCUUCCGUUCCCCCAAGCGCCGGACCUUCCGUUCCCCCAAGCGCCGGACCUUCCGUUCCCCCAAGCGCCGGACCUUCCGCUUUCUGCAGACGUCCCUCUUAUUCCACCGAGUCCGAGGAACUCCCAGGAGCCUCCCCAAGUUGCGCCUGCAGCAGCCAGCAUGACUGCGGCAGCGACGCUUCUGCGCCACUCCCCCCGCCCCGCCAUCCGCGGGAGUUCAUCUUCGAGGCGUGGAUGCGCCACGUCGGAUCGUCUAUGCGCUCGCUCACUCUCUCCCGCGCACUCCCCGCCACGAAUUCCGCGAAGCGCUCUCACGGCAACGGCACGUGCGGCGGCGGCGGCGGCAGCGGCGGCGGCGGCGGCGGCGGUGGUGGUGAACCUGUGGGAGGAGGAGGACGCGAGUCUGCAUCUCGCGCACAUUUCCCGCCACUGCACCAACCUGCGCUCGCUCUCAUUGGGCCACGUGUCCCUCUCCGCGCCGUCCCUGCUCGCAGCUCUCCAGCCCAUGCCGGCCCUGCAGCACCUCUCGCUCUCGUGGCUCCACGCUUCCCCCGCCGCCCUUCACGCCGUGCUUGACGCCGCGCCGAACCUCCGCCACCUCUCCAUUUUCAUGGCGUCGGGAUUCCCUUACCUAGAAUUGCACCUUCCGCCGUCCCUGCAGCACCUCUCACUCUCCUACAUCCGCGCGGAAUCCGUCGUGCUUCACUCUGCGCGCUCCCUCCAAUCCCUCUCUCUCCGCGACAUGUUCCUCCGCUCGCUCUCCAUCCGCGACGCGCCCAACCUGCGCCAACUCUCAGUCGCUUCCGCCAACAGCCUGCUCGUCUCCGCGCCUCACUCCAGCCAACUCGCGUCAAUCGACCUCCGUGCGGGAUCGCUCAACUGGCCCGCCACCGAAACCCUAAUUUCAACCAAUUCACCUGCGCUCGAGUCGCUCUCCCUCGAUUUUUUUGCCACCAGCAGCUCGGGACUGCCCUGGCUCGCACGGAACUGCCCGGGGUUGAAAAGAUUGCGGUUGGGUCCGCUGGCGUGGCAGAAUAUGGUUCACUCGGCUGCCGUGUCCGGUCUUCUACAGUCACUGUGGAAAAUUGGGUCAGAUGCUACACUUGAUAGUGGCUGUUUAUGGCCUCAGCUAGAAGUUUUUACAGUGAGAAUCGCAGAAAAGUCACCCGGAGGCCUGCUUUUGCUUCAUUCGAUACUCUCUUAA